GUAGAAGACCGUGAAGCUUGAAGGAUUCGAGGCAAGAAAAUUCGUCAGCUUAGAUCCUCGAAAUUUGGUCUUCAUAGGAGAUGACGAAUGUGGAAGGCUAGGUUUCUUUCCCCUCGUUCUUCCCCCUAUUUCGUUUUGUUCCUGAUAUGGGAUUCGUUUCCAUGAUGUGGGUAAUCUGUUGCCAAUUUCGCUGAUGGGUCCUUCUAGUUUUGGAAAAUUCAGUGGAUAUUUGCUAAUUUAUUGGAUUUCGUUCUCUCGUGGCUUUUAGGAAUUCUUGAUUUUGAUAUAUAUUGGUGGAGAUAUAAGUUUUUGGAGGUCGAAUUUUGAGGAUUGGUAGAAUGGUAAGAAAGUUGCAAGAACUGUUGGAGAAUUAGGUUGAAUUUGGGAGUCGAUUCUGAUGGACAAAUUCAGAAGAGAAAGUUUGAUUUGGUUGUGAACUGAGGUUUUGAGAAGAGAUAAAUUCGGAGAGAGAUUUUGCACUUAUUACGGCCGUGGGGUAUUUUAGGAGAGCUUAAGGUUCCGCGUAUCUGCUGUAAGCUUGUAAGGGUUGAAGGGAUUUGAAUCUGACCUCGGUGUUGGGAUUGAGAAGAUUCGGUAACUCUGAGGGCUUUGGUAUUUGUUUGACAAAGUUUUGAUAAUUUUGAAGAAUAUAAGUCAUGUUCUAUGGGGCGUUGGUAUGGGAUCCCUGGCUCAUUGUCUCCCAGAUUGUGUGCUUGCAAUGUUUAUACUAUAUUACGCUUGGCUUAUUCAUGUCGAUUCUUGUUGGGACUCGUGUAUCGCGGAUGAGCCUUAUAUAUUUCUUUGAUUACUCGACUCUCACUACUUCUACAAUUACUGGUUGGUGUGUCAUUGCUUCGUUUCUACUCACCGCGCUUGCAGGGGCUUUUUAUGUGUUUUAUUUGGUUGAGAGAGCCAAAAAGUGCUUAGAUUUUUCAGCCACCCUCUAUAUUGUCCACCUCUUCAUAUGCAUCAUAUAUGGAGGGUGGCCAUCCUCAAUUACAUGGUGGGUUGUUAGUGGUACUGGUAUUGCAGUGAUGGCUUUGCUUGGUGAAUGGUUGUGCAUACGACGUGAGCUGCGGGAAAUUCCCAUAACACGAUAUCGGUCGAAUGUUUGACGAACUCCACAGGCAAGAGGAUAUGGAACGAAACUUUCUUGCUGAUGGAUGACUUGACUGUUUCAGAGCUUUUGAGCAAGGCUUGUGAGAUACAGUUUUUGCAUUAAGGACUAUUGAAGCCCGCUUAGAUCCGCUUUAGGUUCCAUUGUUCAUGCUGGCCAGUGAUAAGAGAGUACAAAAAAACCAAUCAAAAUGGGAGGAAUUUAGGAAGACAACCAUUUUGUGAAAGUUUCUUACAUGCAGGGCAACACCAUGUAUAAUGGUAAUUUGCUUUGAAAAUGAAACAUCUAAUCUGUAUUCCCCCCCCUGCCUUUCCCCUCUAAAAAUGGAAAUGGAACAAGCUUAAG